CCGGGAUACACUUUCAGCUGGAUAGUUGUUCGAGCGAGUUUGAGUUCCUACUGAAGUUUUACAAUUGAAUGCCGGAAGAAAAGAUGGUAACUUUGAAGUUCCUGAUGUUUUGUUUGGUCAUAACCACUCUAAGCAUUACCGUCUGUUGUGGUAAUAAUGCUUCUUUUCCACCUCGUCACAUAUCGGAAUUUUCGGAUCCAGUUUCGGGUUUCAAUCCUUUUAUAGAUCUGAUGGAAGGAUUUAUGAAUGAUUCACGACCUUCACAAAUCUCUGAAGCUGACAGAAUCGAUCCGAGUUUCUCUGAAGCUGAUAGAAUCGAUAGGAAAGCAAUCGGAAAUCGAUGGAUCAACGUACUAUCUGCAAUGUCUGUGACAGAAUCAGAAAGAAAGUCAAAUUCUUCCAAUGAGCAAUCUAAGAUCACAAAUACCAGAGUUUAUGAUUCAAUCAACAAAACAGAGACUCUCAUAAAGAAAUUGAUUUCAAUAGAUUCACAGCCAGCGAUGAUUCCAAGUGACAAGCAUUUAAAAGUUAAUGAUUCAAUCAACGAAACAGAGAGCAUCAGAAAGAAGCUGAUUGCUAAAGAAUCACAGCAACAAUUGAUACCAAGUGAAACGCAUUUAAAUAUUAAUGAUGCGGUUAACAACGAAGAGUCAGUCAUCAAUGAACUGAUUCCUGAAAAAUCACAAAAUUUAAAUCUCACUACUGUGAGCAUUGAAUCAGAAACUACAGAAAGUGUUUUCACAACUAAGAAGGUUUUAAACAAGAACGGAAAUGAUGAUUUAGAAGGAAUGAAUUUUAGGCGUAAAUGGAAGAAGAUUAGAAACCCUAAUAAUAAAAUUUUGGAAAACGAAAAAUUAAAUAAACAGUACAAAAGCUUUGAGGAAAUUCAUUUUCCAGCAGUAGUUAAUCCGUACGCAUAUGCGAUCUAUGCCAUAGCAUGCUCGCUUGUAAUUUUUGUAAUUAUCCUCUACAUCGCAAUAAGUAUUAAAAGAAAAUCAUUGCUUUUAAUAAAAUGA